AUGCAAACAACUCACGACAUGGAGGUUUGUUCAACAGUCACCACCAAGAAGCUCACAAGCCUCGCGAAGCUAAUCCUCUUUACCAUCCAGAAGGUCUCUGACGCCUCACGUCACAAACUCCUCACAACCCUCGAUCCUCAAUUACUCGCCAAACGUGGCAAGAUCCUACGCAAAUCCUUAAACGACGCCGUAACCACUUCCCACUCACGCAUCACUUGUCGUCCUUCCGACCACCAUGACGUCCGAUCCUCUUUCAUCUCCCCUGUCCCGAUCCAGCUGGAGUACGAGUUCAGCUGCAGCAGCACCCCACCGAGACGUUCCUACGCUUCUACAACCACCGGGUGCCACGUCAGCAACGGACGGCGUAGCGGGUCCCGCAAACCUCUUAUCAACAAGCGCCAGCGCCACGCGUAUAUCCGAUAUAACACACUCCCUAAGGUUCGAGAUUCCGUCUGGGACCGACACGUGGCAGCGGCCGUGUUUCCGGACGUAGCUAGCAGUACGGGAACCAUGGAUAGCUGCCACGUGGACAGAGCUGCGGAGGAGUUUAUACAGAGGUUCCAUAGACAGCUGAGGUUGCAGAGAUGGAUGAUGGCUCAGGAGGUUUAA